AUCACAUUGAAAUGGAAAUGGAAAUUCAGAAUGACGAGAGAUCUUUGGACUCGAUCAGCCCUAGUAGUACAUCAAGUGUAAAAAAGGAAUUAAUAAAUAAUAAUAAUAAUUUAAAUAUUAGUGGAGAAUCAUUAGAUAAUGAGAAUAAUGAUAUGAACUGUGGUGGAUGUGGUGAAAGUAUUAAUGAACGAACAGUGCUUUGUGUCGGGGGUAGAAGUUGGCAUUCUAAAUGUCUUAGAUGUUAUGUUUGUACUCGAUCACUUAACGAUCAACAUUCAUGCUUUCUCAGAGGGAUGAAACUUUACUGCCGGCAUGAUUAUGGAUUGACGUUUGGAAUAAAAUGCGGCAAAUGUGGCCGAAGUGUUGGAGCUGGAGAUUGGGUACGCCGAGCGAAAGAACGAGUUUAUCAUUUGGCUUGUUUCGCAUGCGACGCUUGUUCCAGGCAGCUUUCCACUGGAGAACAAUUUGCGCUGCUGGAUGCGCGGUUGCUCUGUAAGUCCCAUUAUCUGGACAUAGUUGAGGGAAACAAUACCUCGUCUUCGGAAGACUGUGAUUCGGAAAAUGGCGGAAAAAGCAGCAAAACUAAACGAGUGAGAACGACGUUUACAGAAGAACAGCUUUCUAUUCUUCAGGCUAAUUUUCAGCUUGAUAGUAAUCCUGAUGGUCAGGAUCUUGAAAGAAUUGCUCACGUUACUGGGCUCAGUAAAAGAGUUACGCAAGUUUGGUUUCAAAAUUCUAGAGCUAGACAGAAAAAACACAGUGGGAAAGUCAAAACACAAAUGCAUCAAUCGUCACCAGUAUUACAUCACCACCCAAGUGAUCUUUAUUCCGGAGGCGUCAACAUAGGCACUUACUUCACCGGGUACCAGGGUAGCAGCACCAGCAGUGAGAGUCCUGACAGCCCCCUGACACCCUUGACACCGUUGACGCCGUUGACCCCAACAACGCCUACCCAUUUACAGCCCCAAUUCUGCCACUAA